AUGGCGACAGACAUUGACCUUCGGGUCAUAUCCAACUUCUCAUCCGUUCCAGAAGUAGCGUUGACAUCCCUCUUGUCUUCACCAACCAUCGACGCUGUAAAGUCUUUGCUGGAGGCCGUGGAGAAGAACGCGAGAGAAUGCGAGCAAAACAAAUCGCACAAGGUUAAACUCGAGGUUGAGCUCGAGACUGUCGUCAGAACCAACGAGUCCAAAGUCAAGGUUCUGCAGGCUUCUCGUGAUAAGGCCCUCGCCGAUGCCCAGAAACUACGUGGUGAUCUUCAAGCCUCCGAAACCAACCGUUCCAAAGUCGAAUCAGAUUUGGAUCAACUCCGAACGACUGCCUCCUCAGAAGCCUCCGAGACGACCACGUUGAAGGCUCGCAUUGCGUCACUUGAGUCUUCGAACCGCGACACUAUUACACUCCUCGAGUCAAAAACGACUGCAUACGAAAAACUCUCGCAAGAUCUAUCGGCUCAGCAUCAAAAAGCUGGCGAGCUACGCAAACAAGUCGCCUCGCUGGAGCAGGCAGCGCAGGCUUCCAACUCAGCCGCUGCAAGCGCCAACUUUCGCCAACAGAGUCUGCAGCAAGAAAUCGAUCUUCUCAAGAAGAACAACGAAUGGCUCGAGAACGAACGCAAGGUCAAGGCCGAUGAACAUACCACGUUUCGCAAGGAGAAGAAUGCCCGCCUCGCCGAGCUUUCGCGUGCCAACGAGCAGUACAUUGCUGAUGCCGAAGCCCUAAAACGAUCAGAAGUGGCUCUUAAGCACCGCCUUGAUGAGUACACCAACAAAUACGAAGAUGCAGUGCAGGAACUUCAGAAACUCCGCGAGGAGAAGGCUUCCGAAGCCGAUUCUUUCAGAGUCGAUAUCGAGAGUGCUCAGCGCCUGGCCGAGCUCCAGCAGGCUAACGCCGACAGACAGAAGCAGCGGGCUCAGGAGCUUGCUGCCGACCUGGAAGAAGCUAGAGAAGAAGCCGCCAACCAACUUGGCGACAUUCGUGCAGCUGCCGAGGCCGACCACGAAGAGAAAGAGGCUGCGAUCCGCAAAAUUGCUGAGCUCGAAGCCAACAUCGCCCAACUCCAAUCUGAUAUCGAGCAAGACCGCACUCGACCAAGCACUCCGCAACCGUCCGCUAACGGCAACGCUAUCUCCACCCCCAUGCGACCCUCGACACCACUGGGUAUCUUUUCACCCAUGAGUCGCGGAACCAAGUCAGCCACACAGACUCAAAUGUACACCGAGUACAAGCGAAUUGAGAAGGAGCUUGCCAAGGAGAAACACACCAACGCCAUGCUUCACGCCCAAUUGGAGGAGAUGGCGACUGAGCUCGAACAAUCCAAGCCGGAGAUAGAUGAAUUGCGCUCUGAUUAUGUUAAACGUGAACAAGAAUCGAUUGAAAUGUCCUCACUACUCGAAGUCGCCGAGAAAGAAAAGGAUGAAGCUAUGCGAUCAGCAAGAGUUUAUCACGGCCAGCUAGAGGCACGCAUCAAGGAAGUUGAGGUCCUACAGCAGCAACUGCGUGACCACAGCUCCCAAAUUCGAAGACUCGUCAUGGAGAUUGAAAUCCGCAACGCCGGAGGUCAGAUCUCGGACCAGGAGUGGGCGGAACUCCAGGCACAUAACGAGGAAAGUGCACAAGCCGAAAUGGAAGGGUUGUCAGAGACUCAACGUGUUGUCAACGAACGAUUGAUUGCCUUCAAGAACGUCUCAGAGCUACAACAACAGAACCAGGACCAGCUUGCCACUAUCCGCAAUCUCGUCAGUCAGCUUGAGAGUCAGGAGUCCAAUGAUAGACAGGAGAAGUUCAAUUCCAUGGAGCAGGAACUGGCGUCGGCUCGUGCUCAGAUCGCCGGCUUCCAAGAUGAGAUCAAGACUAUGGUUGCGCAAUCCAAGAGCUUUGUCAAGGAGCGAGACAUGUUCCGGAAUAUGCUCACCCGAAAAGGUCAUGUCGCAGACAUCACAGACUUCUCUCGCUCGCUCCCGGUACCUCCUGCAGGUUCUCCUGGGAACUCGAAUUCUGCGCACGGUGGGGAGUCAGACCUUGUCAACGCGAUUAAGCAACUCCAGCAGCAAUACGACUCUCACCGACAAGAAACCGUUGUGGAUCAGUCGGCUCUAAAGUCGCAAGUUGAUGACCUGUCGAGACGCAAUUCCGAGCUGCAAACGCAGGCCAGCCGCUUGCAAGGUCAGCUGAGCGCGGCCACUCAGCGAGCCGAGAUGCUGCAAUCAAACUACGACAUGCUCAAGACAGAGAACUCCGAGCUUCAAAAGCGGUCGUACGCUGCAAUGGAGAACGCCACGAAGCAGGAGAUGAGAGUACAGCAGACUGCCGAAGAUCUUGUCGAGACCAAAGGGCUAGUAGACAGUCUGCAGCGUGAUUCUGCCAAUCUCAAAGCCGAGAAGGAGCUAUGGAAGACUGUCGAGAAGCGUUUGCUUGAAGACAAUGAGUCUUUGCGCAACGAACGCGGUCGACUUGACUCGCUAAACAGCAGCCUCCAGGGGAUCCUCAACGAACGAGAACAAGCUGAUUCGGAAACUCGGAGACGCCUUCAGUCCCAGGCUGAGUCUCUCGAAAGUGAACUUCACUCCACGAAGCGUAAGCUGAACGAUGAGCAGGAGGAGAACCGAAAAUCUGCUCUACGUCGUCAGUACGAGCAGGAACAGAGCCAGAAGAGAAUAGAUGACCUCAUGACCACACUCGGCUCCCUUCGAGAGGAGCUGGCUGCGGCCAAGACCUCUCGCGAUCACCUGCAAGCUCGUGUUGACGAGAUGACAGUUGAGUUACGAGGUGCUGAAGAACGACUCGAGGUCUACACAAAGCCUGCUUCUCAGCCAUCCAAUGAGAAUGGAGAGGAAGAUGUCAUGUCGAAAGAGCAGGAACUCACUCUAGAGGUCUCGGAACUCAAGCGCGAGCUCGACCUGACGAAGUCUGAACUCGAUCGUGUUAAUGAGCAGAUUGAUGUAUACAAGAACAUCAGUCAGACCGCAGAAGAGCGUCUUCAGGAGCUUGGCGAGACUAACGACCAAUACCGCGAAGAAACGGAGGCCACUCUUUCCGAGAAGGAUACUAGAAUCAAAGAUCUGGAGCAGCGGAUCGAGGAUACUUCUACUGAGCUCGAGAAGACCAACACCGAACUUUCGAAACUUCGUGACGAACAGCAAGAUGUAGACCGGCGACUCGAGCAGCAGAAGACUUUCUUUGAAGGCGAGGUUGAGCGUUUGAAGGAGUCUGAAGAGCGUGCCGUCGAACAGGCUCAAUUCAACCUGGAUCUUCUGAAGAAGCAAGCUGACAUUGCCAAUGAGAAGCAACAAAACUACGAGAACGAGCUUGUUGCACAUGGCAAGACCAUGGACAAUUUGAAAGAGCUACGCGGCGAGAGCAGUCAGCUACGGCUGGAGGCAGCCGACCUCAAGACCCAAGCUGAAACUGCACAAACGACCUUGCAACAGAAGGAGGCAAGCUGGUCAGAACAGAAAGAUCGCUACGAGCAAGAGCUCGCAGAUCUCAAGAAGCGCAGAGAGGAAGUUGCUCAACAGAACAGUCUGCUCCAUGGUCAACUCGAAACCUUGACGCAGCAAAUCAGUGCGCUGCAGCGAGACCGCACCGCUAUCACCGAAAGCGCUUCGGUCACCGAAGUCGAUUCAGACGAGUCGAAGAAGAACAGUCUUGAAGAUCUUCAAGAAGUCAUUAAAUACCUUCGUCGUGAGAAGGAGAUCGUCGAUGUUCAGUACCAUCUAGGCCAGCAAGAUGCGAAGCGCAUACGACAGCAACUUGACUUUACUCAAAAGCAGCUUGAUGAGACUCGUCUCAAGCUGGACCAACAACGGCGAUCAGAAGCUGAUUCUGAACGUAACGCCAUGAGUCAUAGUAAGUUGAUGGAACAGCUGAACGACCUUCAGGUUUACCGUGAGAGUUCUGUUACUCUCCGCGCCGAAGCUAAGCAGGCUUCUCAAGCCCUCGGUGAGAGAACUAAGCAAGUGGAAGAGCUCACUGCCCAGAUUCAACCUCUCCGAGCUCGCGUUGCUGAGCUCGAAAAUCUGGUUGAGACUCGGGAUGGUGAGCUCAAGAUUCUUCAGAACGAUCGCGAUCAUUGGCGUCAACGUACUCAAGACAUCCUCUCGAAAUACAAUCGCAUUGACCCCGCCGAGCUUGAAGGCAUGAAGGAGCAACUGACCAACCUGGAGAAGGAGCGCGACGACGCGUUGGCUGCGCGGGACGAUCUCCAGGCACAAAUCGAUACGAUUCCUGAGCAGAUCAAGACUGCCAAAGAUCAACAAAAAACUGCACUUACCGACCAGUUCAAGGGUGCGAUGAAAGCCAGAGUCGACAAAAAGCAGUCUGAGGUCGAUACCGUCACUGCCGAGAAAAACACUCUGCAACAAGAGCUAGAUGUAGUCCGCGAACAGCUGGAGUCUGCACGCAACUACGUGCCCAAUUCGCAAGACAACCAAGUGAACGGCGAUCCUGCUCAGAACCCGGGCGAAGUUGAUUUAGGAACCGACGCACGCAUAACGGAGCUUGAAGCUGACAUCGCUGAGAAGGAUCAGCAUAUCGCUUCCCUCAAAAGCGAGAAGGAAUCUGCUGUCAACGAGAAGGAAUCUGCUGUCAAAGCCAAAGAGGAUCAAAUGAAGGCUCACCUCACCAAAAAGUUCAAUGAGUUCAAAGAAGCGGCGCAGAAGGCGAAGGAAACCGCUCUGCAGGAGCUGCGGACUUCGCUUGAGACGACGCAUCAGCAGGAGCUCGAGAAACUUCGGAUCGAAUUGGCCUCAAGCCCGGAUGCGCGUGAAUCAGACGCAAAACCCCACACCGUUCCAGUCGGAGAGAGCUCUGACCCGCCUCAGGCUGCACCUUCGACUGAGAUUACUGACGACUUGCUCAUGUCUAUCCCAGCGGAGCGUUAUCGUUGGGGUGUUCAGAACAUUCCAUACCUGAAAGAAAUCGUCACCAGAAGUGUCAAGAGCAGGGUGGAGAAAGAAGUCGCGCAGCUUAAAGCAAGUGGUCAAUUCGCAGACAACGCCGCUGCUCAAAGUACUUCAGCCGAUGUUACGACCGUCAUCAGUCAAAAACAGGCUGAAUUUGACGCGGAAAAAGAAGCUCUGGAGAAACGAUAUGAAGAGCGUCUCGAGCAAGAGAAACAAGAGCUUAUCGCUCAGCACGAGGAGGCUCUCGAGAACCAGAAGCUCGGAUUUUCUGAAGAAGCGGCUAAGAAGAUUGAGGAACAAGUAAAGAACGCGGAAGCAAUUGCUGCAAAGGAGACUGAGAGGCUCGUGGCGAAUGCUACCACUAUGGCAGAGAAGAAGUCCUCGGUGAAACUCAACAUGGCUACCAAUCGAGCUAAUGUGGCAUUGGCAAAGAUCCAGGUUGUGCAAACUGCUGCGGCUGAGACUCCUCAACGAGCCGUGAGCGAGGUUUGGGAGGAAGCCAAAGUCGCAAAGCCGGCUCCUGCUGCCAGACCUGCCGCUCCUCCAGCAGAUGCCCCAGCCACUCCUGCGCCUGCCCAGGAUUCCUCAGAAGAGUCGAAAGAAUCGGCUGUCGCCAAUGAGGUGUCUAAGGAUCCUGUCGACGCCGAGACAGCCGAGGAGACCAAGCCAGAGGCUAAUCAGGCGCCACCUUCGGCUCCUGCACAGACUGCUCCAGCCCUUCCAGCGCCUAAUGGACCUGCCAAAGCCAGUGUCGGAACUGGUCCAGGGGCUCAACGCAAUAUCUCGGGCUUGCCCCGAGGCGCUUCUUCUAUCGCUCGUGGUCGCGGUGCGUCGCAGAUUGCACGCGGCGGCACCGGCAUUCCCCGGGGUACUCAGCGUGGUGGAGGGCGCGGUGGAGCUCGGUCUGUGUCCAUGGGAGGGGCUGGUGGUAGAGGCGGUGCCGCCAGCAGCCCUACACGCGGCGGCCUGAAUCCAGGUGCGCAAGGAUUCGUGCCAGGUGCAAAGCGAGCUCGUGAGGAUGGUGAUGGCGCAGAUGGCGGACAAAAGCGCCUGAGGGGCGGCGGGCAAGGAUCUUAG